AUGUUUCUGCCAGCCCUCAGCACUGUCGUCAUUCUAGUCUUGCUUUAUCGGGGCGUGGCAAGGCUCUUCAAGUACAAGAAGAUGUCACCCGACUUGACCUAUAAUCAGCUCAUGCUCGAAAUAACGGAUAUCCUCCAUCCAAAUACGAGCAUGGAAGAACACCUCAAAGAACGGGCAGAGGCAAAUCAGAGACUAGUCCGCGCCCUCCAUAUAUCCAACACUUUUGUUAGCGCAGACAUUUCGGUCCACAAGACCUUUGUCGGACAUGCAAGGCUCCUCCUGAAAGGCACCCAACGCCGUGGAUGGGCCCAUUUCCAAAGGAUAGUCGCUGAAGCCGUGGAAUGGCAAUUGUCAUCCCCCCAACUGCCUCACGAUCAAUCUCAUCACAUAUCCCUAUCCACAAAUCAAAGAAAGGACAAAUGUUUUAAAUUCGACUCCUCCAUUCAAAACAUCACCCUUGUCAUCGUCCUCAUUGGCAUUCUCCAAGUCGACAAACCCAUCCAAUCCCUUUCCCACCAAGAUGUCACCCUUGUCGCCGAGCGUAUCACCACUCUAUGGAGAUUAUCCAAGAAGCCUGGCCCAAUUCCCCCCGUCCUCUUGACGGAGCUCACAGCGCACCUGCGUAGCCUGGUGCCGAUGAAUGGCGUCGACGAUGAACUGCAUUUUAUGGAGCCUCUGGAUUUUGUGAUUCCCACUUGGGAGACGCUUUGGAGGGUGGUGGCUACGACUGUGGCAUAUGCAUAUGGAGAUGUGGCUAUGAGGAGGGAGUUUGAGGCUUUUAAUGCAGACCCGUCGGAGGAAAGAUUUCGAAGAGGAGGAUGGGAAGACUCUGUGCAAAAAGCUGACAGAGUGAGCGUCAUGGGUAUUCUCGACACCAUCCAGCCGAAAGCCACCCAGAACACAAAUGGGCCUUGGCAUGCAUAUUUGGACACGGGCCUCUGA